GGGCUCACUUUGUGGCCGGCUGUCUCUGGCCGCCCGGAGCGCCCCGGCCGGAGCGCAGAGGGCGGGGGCGCGCUGCUCAGUCCCCGCCGCGGUCCCCGGCCCCGGGGAGGAAUGUGCCACCAGCUGUUCUCCGCUUGCGAGCGCUGCGCCCUGAAGUGAAGAAAGUGGAGGAAGACGAGACAAAGGCUGCGGUGGGACGGAGGAGUUGGGAACUUGGGUUGGGCAAACAAAAGGUGAGGAAGCCGAGAAGGACUCCAGCGAUGGCAGCGAGGCAGCCUCGCGGACGCGGGUUGCUGGGCGCCGCGCCGUGACACAUGGUGUCCCGGGACCUGCUGCGGGCUGACUUCCGCGGGCUGGAGCCGGACGCCGGCAAGUUGGGGACUCCUGGAACAAUGGACAACUUCUUCCCCGAGGGAACACGGGUCUGGCUGAGAGAAAACGGCCAGCAUUUUCCAAGUACUGUAAAUUCCUGUGCAGAGGGCGUCGUCGUCUUCAGGACAGAUUAUGGUCAGGUAUUCACUUACAAACAGAGCACGAUUACGCACCAGAAGGUGACCACCAUGCACCCCACCAAUGAAGAGGGCGUGGAUGACAUGGCGACCUUGACAGAGCUUCAUGGAGGCUCCAUCAUGUAUAACUUAUUCCAGCGAUACCAGAGGAAUCAAAUAUAUACCUACAUCGGCUCCAUCAUUGCGUCCGUGAACCCUUACAAGACGAUCCCCGGCCUGUACGAACGCACCACCAUGGAGCAGUACAGCAAACACCACCUGGGGGACAUGCCCCCCCACAUCUUCGCCAUCGCCAACGAGUGCUACCGCUGCCUGUGGAAACGCCAUGACAACCAGUGCAUCCUCAUCAGCGGUGAAAGUGGGGCGGGUAAGACCGAAAGCACUAAGUUGAUCCUCAAGUUUUUAUCAGUCAUCAGUCAGCAGUCUUUGGAAUUGUCCUUAAAGGAGAAGACAUCCUGUGUUGAACAAGCUAUUCUUGAAAGCAGCCCCAUCAUGGAAGCUUUCGGCAAUGCCAAGACGGUGUACAACAGCAACUCCAGUCGCUUCGGGAAGUUUAUUCAGCUGAACAUCUGCCAGAAGGGAAAUAUUCAGGGCGGGAGAAUUGUAGAUUAUUUAUUAGAAAAAAACCGAGUAGUGAGGCAGAAUUCUGGGGAAAGGAAUUAUCACAUAUUCUAUGCACUGCUGGCAGGGCUAGGAGAUGGAGAGAGAGAAGAGUUUUAUUUAUCUAUCCCAGAAAACUACCACUACUUGAAUCAGUCUGGAUGUAUAGAAGACAAGACCAUCAAUGAUCAGGAAUCCUUUAAGGAAGUUAUUAAGGCAAUGGGAGUAAUGCAGUUCACCAAGGAGGAAGUUCGGGAAGUUUUGAGGUUGCUUGCUGGUAUAUUGCAUCUUGGGAACAUAGAAUUCAUCACUGCUGGUGGGGCACAGGUUUCUUUCAAAACAGCUCUGGGCAGGUCUGCAGAGUUGCUUGGGCUGGACUCAACGCAGCUGACGGACGCGCUGACCCAGAGAUCCAUGAUCCUCAGGGGGGAGGAGAUCCUCACGCCUCUCAACGUCCAGCAGGCAGUGGACAGCAGAGACUCGUUGGCCAUGGCACUUUACGCACGCUGCUUCGAGUGGGUGAUUAAGAAGACCAACAGCAGGAUCAAAGGCAAAGAUGACUUUAAAUCUAUUGGCAUCCUUGACAUCUUUGGAUUUGAAAACUUUGAGGUUAAUCACUUUGAGCAGUUCAAUAUAAACUACGCAAAUGAGAAACUUCAGGAAUAUUUCAACAAGCACAUUUUUUCUUUAGAACAACUAGAAUAUAGCAGGGAAGGAUUAGUGUGGGAAGACAUUGACUGGAUAGACAAUGGAGAAUGCCUCGACUUAAUUGAGAAGAAACUUGGCCUGCUGGCCCUUAUCAAUGAAGAAAGCCAUUUUCCUCAAGCCACAGACAGCACCUUGCUGGAGAAGUUACACAAUCAACAUGCUAACAACCACUUUUACGUGAAGCCCAGAGUUGCCGUCAACAAUUUUGGAGUGAAACAUUACGCUGGAGAGGUGCACUAUGAUGUCCGGGGUAUCUUAGAGAAGAACAGAGAUACCUUUAGAGAUGACCUUCUCAACCUGCUGAGAGAAAGCCGAUUCGACUUCAUCUAUGACCUGUUUGAACACGUUUCAAGCCGCAACAACCAGGACACCCUGAAAUGUGGAAGCAAACAUCGGCGGCCCACAGUCAGCUCACAGUUCAAGGACUCACUGCAUUCCUUGAUGGCAACACUAAGCUCCUCUAAUCCCUUCUUCGUCCGCUGUAUCAAGCCAAACAUGCAGAAGAUGCCAGACCAGUUUGACCAAGCGGUUGUGCUCAACCAGCUGCGAUACUCUGGGAUGCUGGAGACAGUGAGGAUCCGAAAGGCUGGGUACGCAGUCCGAAGACCUUUUCAGGACUUCUACAAAAGGUAUAAAGUGCUGAUGAGGAACCUGACUCUGCCCGAGGACGUUCGGGGAAAGUGCACCGCCCUGCUGCAGCUCUAUGACGCCUCCAACAGCGAGUGGCAGCUGGGGAAGACGAAGGUCUUCCUUCGUGAAUCCCUGGAACAGAAACUGGAGAAGCGGCGGGAGGAGGAGGUGACCCGGGCGGCCAUGGUGAUCCGGGCGCACAUCUUGGGCUACGUGGCACGAAAGCAGUACAGAAAGGUCCUUUCUUGUGUAGUGACACUCCAGAAGAAUUUUAGAACAUUGCUUCUGAGGAGGAGAUUUUUGCACCUGAAAAAAGCAGCUAUAAUUUUCCAGAAGCAGCUCAGAGGUCAGCUUGCUCGGAGAGUGUACAAGCAGCUGCUGGCUCAGAAACAGGAGGAAGAAAAGAAGAAGCGAGAGGAGGAAGAAAGGAGGAAACGGGAGGAAGAGGAAAGAGAAAGAGAGAGAGUGCGAAGAGAAGCUGAGAUCCGUGCCCAGCAGGAGGAAGAGGCAAGGAAGCGGCAAGAACUGGAAGCCUUGCAGAAGCGCCAGGAGGAAGCGGCGCUGACCCGCGAGCUGGAGAAGCAGAAGGAGAACAAGCAGGUGGAAGAGAUCCUGCGCCUGGAGAAGGAGAUCGAGGACCUGCAGCGCAUGAAGGAGCAGCAGGAGCUGUCGCUGACCGAGGCCUCGCUGCAGAAGCUGCAGCAGCUGCGGGAUGAGGAGCUCCGGAGGCUGGAGGACGAGGCUUGCCGAGCCGCGCAGGAGUUCCUGGAGUCGCUCAACUUCGACGAGAUCGAUGAGUGUGUGCGCAACAUCGAGCGCUCCCUCUCUGCGGGCAGCGAGUUUCAUGACCUCGCCGAGAGCGCGUCCGCGGAGAAGCCCAGCUUCAACUUCAGCCAGCCUUACCCGGAGGAGGAGGUGGACGAGGGCUUUGAGGCGGACGACGACGCCUUCAAGGAUUCCCCCAACCCCAGCGAGCACGGCCACUCGGACCAGAGGACCAGCGGCAUCCGGACGAGCGACGACUCCUCCGAGGAGGACCCGUACAUGAACGACACGGUGGUGCCGACGAGCCCCAGCGCAGACAGCACCGUGCUGCUGGCCCCGUCGGCCCCGGACUCGGUCAGCCUGCAGAACUCGUCCAGCGGGGAGUCCACCUACUGCCUGCCCCAGAACCCUGGCGACCUGCCCUCCCCGGACGGGGACUACGACUACGACCAGGACGAUUACGAGGACGGUGCCAUCACUUCCGGCAGCAGCGUGACCUUCUCCAACUCCUGCAGCAGCCAGUGGUCCCCAGACUACCGCUGCUCCGUGGGGACCUACAACAGUUCCGGGGCGUACCGGUUCAGCUCGGAAGGGGCCCAGUCCUCGUUUGAAGAUAGUGAAGAGGACUUCGACUCUAGGUUUGACACGGACGACGAGCUGUGCUACCGGCGGGACUCUGUGUACAGCUGUGUCACGCUGCCUUACUUCCACAGCUUCCUGUACAUGAAAGGUGGUUUAAUGAACUCCUGGAAACGCCGCUGGUGUGUUCUCAAGGAUGAAACUUUCCUGUGGUUCCGCUCCAAGCAGGAGGCCCUCAAACAAGGCUGGCUCCACAAAAAAGGCGGGGGCUCCUCCACACUGUCCAGAAGAAACUGGAAGAGGCGCUGGUUUGUCCUUCGGCAGUCCAAGCUGAUGUACUUUGAAAACGACAGUGAGGAGAAGCUCAAGGGCACUGUAGAAGUCCGGACAGCAAAGGAGAUCAUAGAUAACACCAGCAAAGAGAAUGGGAUUGAUAUCAUUAUGGCCGAUAGGACCUUCCACCUGAUCGCCGAAUCCCCAGAAGAUGCCAGCCAGUGGUUCAGUGUGCUGAGCCAGGUCCACGCGUCCACAGACCAGGAGAUUCGGGAGAUGCAUGACGAGCAGGCAAACCCACAGAAUGCCGUGGGCACUUUGGACGUGGGGCUGAUUGAUUCUGUGUGUGCUUCAGACAGUCCUGAUAGACCCAACUCGUUUGUGAUCAUCACGGCCAACCGGGUCCUUCACUGCAACGCCGACACGCCGGAGGAGAUGCAUCACUGGAUCACGCUGCUGCAGAGAUCCAAGGGUGACACCAGGGUGGAGGGCCAGGAGUUCAUAGUCAGAGGAUGGUUGCACAAAGAAGUAAACAACAGUCCAAAGAUGUCGUCACUGAAGCUGAAGAAGCGGUGGUUCGUGCUCACCCACAACUCCUUGGAUUACUAUAAGAGCUCGGAGAAGAACGCGGUGAAGUUGGGCACCUUGGUCCUCAACAGCCUCUGCUCGGUUGUUCCCCCGGACGAGAAGAUAUUCAAAGAGACAGGCUACUGGAACGUCACUGUGUAUGGGCGCAAGCACUGUUACCGGCUCUACACCAAGCUGCUCAAUGAGGCCACCAGGUGGUCAAGUGCCAUUCAAAAUGUGACAGACACCAAGGCCCCCAUCGACACCCCCACUCAGCAGCUGAUCCAAGAUAUCAAGGAGAACUGCCUGAAUGCCGACGUGGUGGAGCAGAUCUAUAAACGGAACCCCAUCCUGCGCUACACCCAUCACCCCCUGCACUCCCCGCUCCUGCCCCUCCCGUACGGAGACAUCAAUCUCAACCUGCUCAAAGACAAAGGCUAUACAACCCUUCAGGAUGAAGCCAUCAAGAUUUUCAAUUCCCUCCAGCAGCUGGAGUCCAUGUCUGACCCUAUUCCUAUAAUCCAGGGCAUCCUCCAGACAGGCCAUGACCUCCGACCCCUGCGAGACGAGCUAUACUGCCAGCUCAUCAAGCAGACCAACAGAGUGCCCCAUCCCGGCAGCGUGGGCAACCUGUACAGCUGGCAGAUCCUGACCUGCCUGAGCUGCACCUUCCUGCCCAGUCGGGGGAUUCUCAAGUACCUGAAGUUCCAUCUGAAGAGGAUACGGGAACAGUUUCCAGGAACCGAGAUGGAAAAAUACGCCCUCUUCAUUUACGAAUCUCUGAAGAAAACCAAAUGCAGAGAGUUUGUGCCUUCCCGGGAUGAAAUAGAAGCUCUGAUACAUAGGCAGGAAAUGACGUCCACAGUGUAUUGCCACGGCGGAGGCUCCUGCAAGAUCACCAUCAACUCACACACCACGGCCGGGGAGGUGGUGGAGAAGCUGAUCCGAGGUCUCGCCAUGGAGGACAGCAGGAACAUGUUCGCCUUGUUUGAGUACAACGGGCACCUCGACAAAGCUAUUGAAAGCCGAACCAUCGUGGCUGAUGUCUUAGCAAAGUUUGAAAAGCUGGCUGCCACAUCGGAAGCAGGAGACCUGCCGUGGAAAUUCUACUUCAAACUUUACUGCUUCUUGGACACUGAUAAUGUGCCAAAAGACAGCGUGGAAUUUGCGUUUAUGUUUGAACAGGCCCAUGAAGCGGUCAUCCAUGGCCACUAUCCAGCCCCAGAAGAGAACCUGCAGGUUCUGGCCGCCUUGCGCCUCCAGUACCUGCAGGGAGAUUACACCCCGCACAUCGCGGUUCCAGCCCUGGAGGAGGUCUACUGUCUGCCAAGACUCAAGGCCCGCAUCAGCCAGUCGACCAAGAGCUUCACUCCUGGCGAGCGGCUAGAGAAGAGGCGGACAAGCUUCCUGGAGGGGACGCUGAGGCGCGGCUUCCGCACAGGGACCGUCCUACGGCAGAAGGUGGAGGAAGAACAGAUGCUGGACAUGUGGGUGAAGGAGGAAGUCUCCUCUGCUCGGGCCAACAUCAUUGACAAGUGGAAGAAAUUCCAGGGCCUAAGCCAGGAACAGGCCAUGGCCAAAUACAUGGCCCUGAUCAAGGAGUGGCCUGGGUAUGGGUCAACGCUCUUCGACGUGGAGUGCAAGGAAGGCGGCUUCCCCCAGGAACUCUGGCUGGGCGUCAGCGCAGACGCCGUCUCUGUCUACAAGCGUGGGGAGGGAAGGCCAUUAGAAGUCUUCCAGUAUGAGCACAUCCUGUCUUUCGGGGCCCCCCUGGCCAACACGUACAAGAUUGUGGUGGAUGAGCGGGAGCUGCUCUUUGAAACCAGCGAGGUGGUAGACGUGGCCAAGCUCAUGAAGGCCUACAUCAGCAUGAUCGUGAAGAAGCGCUACAGCACCUCGCGCUCCGUGAGCAGCCAGGGCAGCUCCAGGUGAACCCAGGAGAGCGUCCACAUGUCUUUAGUGUCCGAAAGCACCACCAUCUGGCCUCCGUGGGCUCCAGCAUGCUGAGCCGAGCAGCACACAGAGCAACCCGGGCUUUCUGGAAGGCCCUCGGCACAGGGAGGUGUCUCUGAGGGUCCUUACGCCUUGUCAACUUCAGUGACCACGUAUUAAGCUGUCAACCUUAACAGUCUGCACAAUUUCCAAAGCUUUAGUACUCUUAGAUGCCUUAUAAAAGAAAGAGGAAAGAAAAAACGAAACCCAUGCUGCCGCCAAAGCAGCCGGAAGUGCCUUAACUUGGGGAACCGACACUAAUUGGCCUUAACUAUGCUACUGAAGGGCAAUGCUCUUGCCCCCUUUUCAGGAGACUCACAGUGAGCUUGGAAGGGGCGUUUAUCCAUCAGUUAUGCACUAACCUCCCAGCCUGAUUUCCUGCAUCUGAGGGAAGGUGAGGGAGUGGGGAGGGGGACAGAGGGAGCCAAGGGGGACAGGACAUCCAGUUGGAAUGCUGCUGGCAGCCUUCCUCCGACACGCAUUCAUUCACUGUUCUUUGUUUCAUCUUGUGAGUCUGUGUGCUUGCCUGUGCGUGCAUUACCCCGUAAGCGCAUCGCUUCUGUCCUUGUUUCAUGAGCAUUAAAAGCAAAGGGAAAAAGGAGGUGCAAUGGUGUAAACAGUCUGUCUGUAUAUUUUAAUAGUUCAGAGUUAUAAUCGUCAGUCGUGCCCAUGUAGAGCGGUUUUAUUAACCACCCGCAACCUUGAAUUUUCCCGUCUUUGCUGUCUUUCCAGCAGCACAUCUGGACGAGGUUGUUUUCCGUGUAGCAGGUCUGCCUUCUGUGUCUGCUGUAUUAUAAACAGGCAUGCAGCUCACGGGAUAAUUCUAUUUAUAAGCCGCUCUUAAACAGAUGACUCCAGUGCCAUUUCUAGAACACUAUGAAGUCCUUCUGGAGUCUUUGGUUUCUAAAGGGUUGAGGUUUUUUUAAAAAAAUGGGAUUUUUUUUUUUGAAGGUUAGACUUGUACCAUCACUCUGGAUCAAUUAUGAUACAACCAUGUGGCAUAGGGGAGAACAAUGCUGCGUUCCUGAAAAAUUGCAACACGCAAGCGAAUCUUGAAAGGACCCUGGUGUUCAGUGGUGAGGCUUAAAUGCAGUAUACACAUAUUUUAUCCCAAGUUCAGAAGGGUGGUCCCAACAGAGCACCUGUAAAUAAAUCAGCAUUGAUGACCAGGAGCAAAAUAAUCUGGUCUUGGACUUCUAUUUUUAUAUGGAGAAAUUGUAAAGGCUUGGGCCAACUAAGUCUACCCACAAGGAAACAAGAAAUUUGCCUUACCCCUUUUGGACAACCAUGCGAAAUAAUGUUUGUUGGCUCAAAGAAAGUCUGACAAUAAAAGAUAUUAGCUAA